GCCGCGUCUCCUACCGCCGGCGAGCUGCCGCUCCUACCGCCGGAGAUGGACUUGGACAGGGAAGAGGACUUAGAGGAGGAAAUCGAUUGGGAAUUGAUAGCUCUUCAGCUGGAUGAAGAUUCAGAGGCAGAGAAGGAGAGGAAUUUAGAGGAAGAAUCAGAGGAGGAGGCGACGGCCACGGCGACAGCGACGCAACAGCAGGCACAAUCAAAUGUUAAUGAAGAAUUCGAUCUAGCAAAUGUUGUUUCUGAUCCUGGAAUGCGGAGACCAAUUGAUGAUUAUCCAACCCCAGAAUUAAGAGAUAAGAUGAGAUGGGCAUAUUUAUGUAGAGGACGAAAUCGUUUGGAUGGUCACAAAUUCCACAAAACAAAAUUUGGUCCACAUUACAGGUCAUUUUUAGCUAAAUGGUAUGACCAAUAUGACUGGUUAGAGUACAGUGUAGAGAAGGAUGCAGCAUAUUGUUUUCACUGUUUUCUUUUCAAGUCUUCAAGCAUUUCUUCACAUUAUGGGCAUGAUGCUUUCACAAAGAAUGGAUUUAAAUGUUGGAAAAAGGGACCAGAACAAUUCAAGAAACAUGUAGGUAAUGCAAGCAGCAUUCACAACAAUGCAAGAAAUAGCUGUGAAGAUUUCAGAAACAAGAAGCAAAGUGUGGCAUAUGCUUUGGCUUGUUAUGAGGAGAAAUCUCAUAUUGACUAUGAAACUCGUUUGAGGGCUGUGGUAGGCAUUGUCAGGUUUCUUAUGGAUCAAGGUCUGGCUUUUCGUGGACACGAUGAGUCUAGCACUUCCCGGAACAAGGGUAAUUUUCUUGAGUUGCUAGAGUGGUAUGGCGCAAGAUGCAAGGAAGUGGCGGAUGUCAUAAAUGAAAAUGCUCCUGGAAAUUGUCAAUUGACAUCUCAUGAAAUCCAACAAGAUAUAUCACAGGCAUGCGCAGAAGAGACUACAAAAAUCAUAAUGAGUGAGCUUGGGAAUGCUGGUUUCUCUCUACUUGUUGAUGAGUCUCGUGAUGCAUCGGUCAAGGAGCAAAUGGCUGUGAUGAUCAGGUUUGUGAACAAAAAAGGAGCGGUUUUGGAAAGAUUGCUUGGUGUUAAGCAUGUACUUGACACUAGAUCAGCUUCUUUGAAAAGUUCUUUGGAUGCAAUGUUUGAAAAACAUAAUUUGACAAUGUCUAGAUUAAGAGGACAAGGAUAUGAUAGUGCAUCUAAUAUGCGUGGGCAGCUGCAUGGUUUAAAAACUUUGGUGUUGGCUGACAACCCUCAUGCUUUUUAUGUGCAUUGUUUUGCCCACCAACUUCAGUUGGUGGUUGUGGCUGUUGUGAAAGGAGUUCUAGCUGUUGGUGAUUUUUUUGGUCACUUAAAUAAGAUUGUCAACAUGGUGAGUGCCUCUUGUAAGAAGAAAGAUGCAUUGUUGCAAAAGCAUCAUGACCAUAUGGUAUCACUGCUAGAGAAUGGAGAGAUAACAACAGGAAGAGGCCAGCAUCAAGAGACAAGUUUAGCAAGACCAGGUGAUACACGUUGGGGCUCACACCAUAGAACUCUUGUCCGGAUUCUUCAAAUGUGGGAUUCAGUGAUUUCAGUCCUGGAUAGUAUUUCUCAUGAUGGGACAGAUGCCGAGGAGAGAGGUUUGGCUUCAGGUUAUAUGAUAAACAUGGAAACCUUUGAGUUUGUUAUUAUCUUGCAUUUGAUGCUUCGAGUGCUUGGUAUAACAAAUGAUCUGUCACAUGCUUUGCAACAAAAGGAUCAGAACAUUGUGUGUGCCAUGAAUAUGAUUGUCUCGGUGAAGUGUCUAUUGCAGAAAAUGAGAGAUGAUGGAUGGGAGCCUGUAUUGCUUGCUGCUACUAAUUUCUGUAGGGGAAGAAAUAUUGCAGUGCCGAAUAUGGAUGACAAUGUGUAUGCUAGAGGUUAUCCAAGGAGCUCACGCAAGAUGGUUACUUGCUUACAUCAUUACAAGGUACAAAUAUUCAAUGAGGUGCUUGAUAGAAACAUAGCUGAGAUGAACAACAGGUUUGGUGAAACUGCUACACGCCUAUUAAGGUGCAUUGCAUGCCUUGAUCCUAGAGACUCAUUUAGCAGAUUUGAUAAUGAAAAGCUAGUUGAACUUGCAACUAUGUAUUCGGUUGAUUUCUCUUCUCAUGAUUGCUAUGUCUUAAGUGACCAACUCAACAUAUACAUUGAUGUCAUGAAGAGAAGUCCUGAGUUUCUAGCUUGUGAUACUCUGAGUGGUCUUGCUAUCAAAUUGGUUCAAACUGGACAUCAUUUGACCUUUCCAUUGGUAUAUCAUCUGAUUACUCUUGCAUUGACAUUGCCUGUGGCAACAGCAUCAGUUGAGAGAGUUUUUUCAGCCAUGAACAUUAUAAAGACUGAUCGCAGAAACAGGAUUGGUGAUGACUGGCUCAAUGAUUUGAUGAUUUGUUAUGUUGAGAAACAGAUAUUUGCAAAAGUUCAUGACAAUCAGAUUAUGCUCCGCUUCCAUUCAUACAAGGACCGUCGAGGUCAUCUACCUCAACAUUUUAGCCUUCCUAGCUUCAACAUAACUUAGUGGUAUGCUACAUUUCCUCCAUUUCUACGUAUU